UGUUUAUUCCGUACUUUCAGUUGCUGUACGCGGCGCGCCUGCUGGCCGGCAUGGGCGGCGGCACCGUCUUCACCGUCAACACCAUGUACUGGGGCGAGAUCGCCUCGCCGGGCUUCCGCGGUAGCGCUUCCUCGCUCACGCAGGCCAUGCUCUUCCUCGGCGUGCUGCUGGCCGACGUGAUCGGCUACCUGUACCCGACCGAGUACACGACACUGGCCUACUGCGGCCUGGCCGUCACCCUCCUGUUCCUGGCGUGCUUCUUCCCGAUGCCGGAGAGCCCCUACUUCCUGCUGAUGCGCGGCCGGCCCGACCUGGCCAGGCAGUCGCUGCAGCGGCUCCGCGGCCGCGACGACGUGGCCGGCGAGCUGGUGCCGCUGGAGGAGUCGAUGCGCGCCGAUCUGGCGCUGGGCAGCGACCUGCAGUGCGGCUGCGUGGGCAUGGUGCGCACCGGCGGCGCGCGCAAGGCGCUGCUCAUCGCCGUGGUGGUGGGCGCGCUGCAGCGCCUGUCCGGCCUCUCGGCCGUCAUCGCCUACACCUCGACCACGCUGCCGGAGAACCUCGCCAACUUCGGGCCCGCCAUCAUCGGCGCCGUCCUCUUCGUGGCCUCGUUCGCGCCCCUGCUGCUCAUGGACCGGCUCGGGCGCAGGCCGCUCCUCAUUCUGUCCUCCAUCGUGGUGGCCGCCAGCAUGACCUCCAACGGCCUCUACUUCCACUUCUUCCCAGAGAGCGAGGCGGCCGCCGCGGACGGCUCCUCGCUGACAUGGGUGCCGCUCCUGGGGCUGGUGGUGUACGCCGUGGCGUACGCCCUGGGCAUGGGGCCCGUCCCGGACAUCCUGCCCGGCGAGGUGUUCCCCACCAGCGUCAAGGGCCUGGCCGUGUCGGGAGUCAACAUCUCGCUCACCAUCUUCACCUUCCUCGUGUCCAAGAUAUACAACUCCGCCGGCGCGGUCGUCAUGUACUUCAGCUUCGCCGUGGCGGGCGUGCUCACGGCCUUCUUCACCUACUUCGUGAUCCCCGAGACCAGGGGCAAGACGCUGGAGCAGGUGGUGGCCGAGCUGGAGGGCCGGCCGGCCGUCGCGUCCAACAACACGCCCGACGUGGCGGCGCACAGCCUCUCCGCCUACGAGGACCGGACCGCGUCGAACAACGCCGAACGAUCUCCCGCGCAUUUACCGUAAAGACUAAUUACCUUGUGACUGCUGUUAUUGUUAAUGUUAAAUCGUGUGAUAUAUUUGAAAUAAUAAAUUUUAACUAUUUACAAAAAAA